AUGAUCCUCCGCUUCCUCUCCAGCUCCGCCUUCCUCGUCAGCAUCAUCUUCACCAUCCCCCUCGCCUUCGACAUCGGCGGCAGAACAUGCGGUCUGGCCUUCAGCCUGAGCCUGGCCACCUACUACUUCAUCCUCUCCUGCCUGCGAAUAGCCACACCCGACAAUUCAAGAUGGCGAAGAAUACUGGCCAACGCCUACGCAGGCCUGCAGGUCCUCAUCAUCCCCGGCUUCCUCAUCUGGUGCCUCAACAAGUUCAGCAUCGAUGGGGGAGAUGACGCCGGCUGGGUCACGAGGGCCUUCUACAACGCUACCAAACCUCUCCACCACAACCCCAGCGUCAAGGAAUGGAUAUUCGGACGAGAAGGACUGCUGGAGCACUUCCUGAUCGGCGGCUGGGACAAGCUCCUCCGCUACAGCACGCCCAUCUUCCAGCUCACCGAAGGCUUCUGCUCCCUCCUCGUCAUCCAAGCCUGCGGCCAGGUCACGAGAUAUCUGGUGAACAACGGCGACGGCGGCGACCACUGGAUGAUCGGCCUGCUCAUGUUCAGCAGCGGCGUCAUCAGCAGCGCCGUCUACUUCCUCUACCGUAUCUCCACCUUCCCCGGCAUCGACUCCCAGGACGCCAUCCUCAUCGGCAUGGCCAUCUGCUGCGCCAUCUUCCUCUGCGCCUGGGGCAUCGGCUCCGGCCGCGGCAACGUCGUCGAAUCAAGUCUUCUCUUCGCCUACAUCACCCUCUGCAUCUACCAGAUCUUCACCGACUACCAGCCCUCCAACCCCAACUCCCCCGCCGCCCAACCGGUAGUGGAAGGCGAGGACUUCCCACCCCUCCCACCGAUCUUAAUGGCCAGCUACACCACCCUCCUGCAAGCCCUCUCGUCCCUCCCAGCCACUCUGACGUCAGCCUUCGGCUUCAUGUACGCCGCCGUCCGCACCAUCACCCCCUCGGUCAUCAUCUCCCUCGUGUACCGCCUCACCGUCCUCUACGCCUCGGCGCGCAUCAUACCUGCCGUCCGCGAAUCCGGCGCCCGCGCCUUAUCCUCCGACCCCUCGCUCGACGACAGCGAGGAGGAAGUCGGCACGCUCAUGGGUCUACUGUCGUACUUCAGCCCGAGCAUCCUCAUCGCCGUCUACACGAGUCUACUGAUGCAGCAUUUCGCCUCCGCGUCGUCGGAUCAUCCGGGCGAGUGGUGGACGAGCCAGGGCGGGGAGGGGGGAGGGAAUAUCUCGCGCUGGUUGAACUUGGCCGGGACGAUGGGGUUGUAUGCCGUGGAGUUGUGGUUGGGGAAGGGGUAUGGGGAUGAUUUGGGGGGGCAUUGGAAGAUGGAUUGA